CGCACAUCGGCCAUACCGGGAAGAGCAAGUACCCAACGGGAGACCCAGCAAAAGCAGUAAAAUGGCGGGCGCACGGGCUGGGCACUGGCUUGGGGCUGGCGGGACAGGGCCGGUACCUGUGCUGUAGUUGCAUCAUUGCUGCCGGUUUUCAAUUGAGGACACGGUUGUCUACCUCCCUAGGUAGGCCAGAGUAGGCGAUCCGGUGAUAAAGCCUACCUACCCUAACUCAAACCUUCGACCUCAUCUUUUGAGCUCCCCGGCCACUAGACUAGACUCCCCCCCCUCCGCACAUUAUCUGCCGAACCAUCGCCAACACCCUCGACACUCGAGUCCGCAUCGCGACAACCACCGCCGACGACCUGGCACUCGUGCUGCUACUGCGCCUGUUUCACUGUCUAUUGUGAGCUGUGUCUCGAUCCUCCCGUCCUCAACCGCCCCCGACCUCGAUUCCGUCAUCCCCGUCAUUCCGAGAUCCUACCUUGACACCGCCGACGUGUGCGACCGACUACUCACGCACCCGCCCCCUUUCCCGGCCGGAACAGCAAGUCUGCACGCGCAAUUAUCUGUUUCGGCAAUCAAUCCACCGACAUGGCCCAGAUCAGAGGCACCGCCGGCUACCAGCUGAGCAACCAGACCCCCUUUGGUGGGCCGAGGAUGGAUGGCAGCGACCCAAGUCCUCUGGAUGCCAUAAGGGCGCAGACUAGCAAGAUCGAGGAUCUCCUUGAUUCCCUCAGUGGUCCCGUAAAGCCAUACCUACCUGCCAUUGGUCGAUUCCUGAUUGUUGUUACAUUCCUUGAAGACGCCUUGAGAAUUCUAACACAAUGGAGCGAUCAAUUAGUCUACUUGAACUCUUAUCGGCACAUCCCGAGCGGUCUGACGCACAUUUUCUUAAUUGUAAACGUCAUUGCCAUGGUCUCGUGUUCUGCCCUGGUCAUCGUCCGAAAGUACUCCGACUAUGCCGUGGCUGGCUUGAUGGGUGUUGUCGUGACCCAGGCUCUUGGCUAUGGUCUUAUCUUUGACCUCAACUUUUUCCUCCGUAACCUUUCCGUUAUUGGUGGUCUUGUUAUGGUUCUCUCCGACUCGUGGGUUCGGAAGACGAAGGCUUUUGCCGGCCUCCCUACGCUUGAUGAGAAGGACCGAAAGAUGUAUUUCCAGUUGGCUGGCCGUGUACUCCUCAUCUUCUUGUUCAUUGGCUUUGUCUUUAGCGGCGAGUGGACCAUUUGGCGAGUCAUUGUAUCUGGUAUCGGUGCUGUCGCCUGUGUAAUGGUUGUUGUCGGCUUUAAGGCUAAGUUCAGCGCCACUUUACUUGUUGUCAUCCUGAGCGUUUUCAACUUGCUGGUCAACAACUUCUGGACUCUUCACGAGCACCACCCCCAUAAGGAUUUCGCCAAGUAUGACUUCUUCCAAAUUCUGUCUAUUGUCGGUGGUCUUCUCCUGCUCGUCAACAGCGGCCCUGGUCAGUUCAGCAUCGACGAAAAGAAGAAGGUUUACUAGACGGUCGAGUCAAAACGAUUAGUAAGGGCUACAUGGCUUAUGAAGAGCACUUUUGGGUACCAAAACUCUGUGUGUGCGCCAUCGCGAUACACUAGUUCUCUUUGACCAUAUGUUCCAAUGCAAAAAGGAGGCUCCGCAUAUCAUGGCGUAAACGGCGUGGACUGAAUUUUCCACUUUUUGAGUUUAUUUUUGAAGGCUGGGUUGAAUGGACUAGGGCGAGGGUGGGAUAUGUUACUAUGCUACCUUCUGGCCGAUUCGCGGGUAUGGGGUAAAAGCACGAGGUUGUAGGCUUGGUCGAAUUUGCCGUGGGAAUGGUGAAGACAGUUAAAAAAAGAUAUACAGCGGAAAUACAAAUCCCUAUCAGCCUCAACUGCAACAAUUUGAUCAGAUCUUUGCACGUCUUUGCAAGUUUACCAGUGUUUACGCUCUAUGGCAUCUAAGUCAUACAGAAUCAACCGUGGGUAUAGCUGGUCUCUAUAUGUUUUUGGCUCUUUGUUUUGUCUCGCAUUGCGAGAGUGUAUAAGGCGUGUCUUUGGGAACUAAUUAUGUGGUUUACCGUUUAUAUAACGCUAGCUAUAUGUAAGGAACUUAAUUACUAUUCUACGGGCUCUUCCCUCUUUUUUAUUAUUAAUUUUUUUCUUUCCCCAAGAAAAGAAAAGAAAAACAAAAAGAAAAAAAGAAAAUAAUUCCUUCUAUGUAAUCUAGUUAUUUAAAAUGUUUUUAUCCCCUUU